UACGCAGAUUACGCCGAAAUUCUUGUAUCACAAGGUCGCUUAACUACUGCCCUUAAAUACUUGAAUUUAAUACCUGUAGAAUACAAAACAGCUACACUCGAUCAAAAUAAUUCUUUGGCCGUAAUCAGAGAGAGAUUGCACAACUCUGGUGUGGAUGUAGGAAGCACUAAAGCACCUUCAUUUCCAUUUUCACAAGUACUUGUUGGUGAAGAUGGCGAAAUAAAUCAAACUGUUGUUGGUAGUGAUGCAACUUUUCCACCACAAGUCGACCCCAACGCCACACAGGCUGCUUACCAACAACCUGCUGCUCAACAAACAUAUUAUAAUCAGUACACCUAUAACCAGCAACCUGUUGUUCCAAACGUGCCGUAUCAACCUCAACAGCAAGCCCAGCAAGUCCAACAGAUGGCUUACAACCAAUAUGUACCGCCCCCUUAUAAUCCACCUCUACAAAAUCCCACAGGUUACCCCUAUCAGCAAAACUUUACCGGAUAUAAUCAACCAUUUUCAGAAAGUAAUAAUAAUUUAAUCCCUCAACCUCCUAUGCCUAAUACACUUGUCCAAAACGAAAACGUACCGCCUGCAGAAGUUUUAGGUGCACAGAAAAAUGUACAAAACUGGAAUGAUCCUCCAGUUGUACCUCCUCCACAAAUGAACAGAAGGGUAGCACAAGUCCAAGUGAACAAGCCAUCACCUAUCGUAUCCCCCUUUCCGACAUCCACUUCUCCAGCGCAGCAAAAGGUACAUCCUCCGGCGCAAAAUUUUGCAGCUCCACCACAGCCGAACAUACCUACAGGCUUGCCACCACUACAGGCAAAUCCUGCAGCUCCUACAACAGCAGCGUAUCAGCCCAUUCAGUCGAUGCAACCACAAGCAGGUGUAACGUCAUCUUUAUAUCCACCACCACCUCCUAAUCCAAAUGUUCCGCAGCAACCACCAACACAGCGACCUUCGCAACCUACUCA